UAGAAAGAAAAGGAACGCGCAUGCGCUAUGCGCAUGUCGAAUUCGUCAUUCAUCGUUCGCUUUGGCCGACAUCGUGCAACUUAAAUUUUUCUCAAUCUACAAAUUUUUCCAACGAGAUAUUACAUCAAUUAUAAAAAUACAAAAUGCCCAACCAGGUAUUAACUAUAGAGCCCCAAAAUGAACUAAAGUUUAAAGUUGAUUCUGCAGGAUUAUUCGAGCAGGGGUACACUACCUACAUGCGACUCAUUAACCCCUCCAGUGACACAGUAUUGUUUAAGAUUAAGACUACUGCACCAAAGAAAUACUGUGUACGUCCCAAUUCUGGAGUGCUGGAGCCUAAUUCGAAAGUUGAAAUAGCAAUUACUCCACAGCCAGUGUAUGUCGACCCCAAUGAGAAAAAUAAACACAAGUUCAUGGUGCAAAGUGUUAUUGCACCAGAAGGAAAAACCAAUAUAGAUCAAGUGUGGAAGGAGAUAAGUCCAGAUCAGCUCAUGGAUUACAAGCUGAAAUGUGUAUUUGAAACACCUCGUGGCACUAAUCUCAAUGACGCUGGCGACAAUGCCGCCCAAAAUGAUGUGACCAAAAAGAGAGUCGCCGUCGCGGAAUCCUCAACAAAGGAUGCUGUAGAGGGUCUUAACCAGGAGGCAAAGAGGAGAGAUGAUGACCACACGUCGGGGUUAUCCGGGAAAUCUACGACCCUUCCUACAUCUGAGAACGUGGAAAGCGAUCUGCAAAAAGCAUCGUUAGAAGUUAUUCUUUUGAGGGAGGAAGAGAGCAAGUUAAGACAAGAGAAUUUGCAGUUAAAAGAGGAGCUGUUACGCCUGCACCAAAGCGCAAGCGGCGACGGGCGCGUGACCCGCACUCACUCGUUCGAGCCCGAGAAGACGGCCCAGGGCGCGUCCAUGCCUUGGAUGGUCACAGCCCUAGUCAUGGCCUUCAUAGGCAUCAUCAUCGGAAAGUUCCUCAUGUGAAUGGUCUCUCUGACACGCGCGGUGAACCCUCACCUCGUACACACCGCUGUUAUACCACUCCCCUACCAACAGCACAAGGCUUAACGUUUCGAUAUGACUCAAAUAUUCUGUCGUGCACUUGUGUUCAUGAUCUGACUGCACUCUGUCAGGUUUCAAGGCGUUUAAGUUUCUAUUCUUUCAAUUCUGAAGCGCUUUUCUUUUACAUACAUAUACGUCACGUCUAUAUCCCUUGCGGGGUAGACAAAGCUAACAGUCUUCAAAAGACUGAUAGGCCAUAUUCAGCUUUUUGGUUUGAUGAUAGAAUUGAGAUUCAAAUAGUGACAGGUUGCUAGCCCAUCGCCUUAAAGAAGAAUCCUAUCCUUUAUAAGGUUUUGUUUUCUUUUGUUUAAAUAUAAACUCUUAUACUACUACUCUUACUCUACUAUACAUGAUAUCAAAACUUGCUUAUUCAAUAUAUACUAUCAACGUCAAGUAAGUUAUUUUUUAUGUAAACUGAUUUAUCCGAAUGGUAGAUAUAUAUGUAUGUAAAAGUGAAAUGUACAAACAUUUAAUUUCUUUGCAUUUUAUGAAAUGUUUUAGAUUUCUUCACACUGAAAUAGUAACAGACAAUAAAUAUAUGAAAAAUACACCAAACAAAUACUACCUACCUUCACGUUGUGUAAAACAUUUAAGAAUUGCAAUUAAGACUUGUUCACAAUAAUACAAUACCAGGAGGCAAUAAUAUAAAUUAAUUAUUAACCUGUCUUUGCCAAUCUUUCGCACAUUAUUAGCAUCCCCAUGUUUGGGGUCAACACUGAAAUAGUAUAUUAUUUUUGAUUUAACCCUUACUUAAAAUAUUUGAUUAUGCAAAUACUUUGCCUACUGUAUAAAUAAGAAGCUCGAGUUAAAAAGUAUAUGAAUCAGGCGAAUAGCUAAUCUUAUAUCGUGAGACACAGACACUAAUAAUAGACAAAACCUCAUACAAUCUGUGAAAAUUGUUAUUUGGUUAAUUGUUAGCGAAAUCUAUGUUCACUCUUUGACAUGGAUCGGGAUCGAUUCUCAGUUGACAUUACAAAUGUCAACUGAGAAUCGAUCCCGGGACAUCUGAAGUGAUAAAGACUAGGCCAUAGGAAAACUGGAGUGAUUAAAACUAAACCAUCGGAAAUCUGGAUUGAUUCAACUACUAGGCCUAUAACUAGGCCAUGGAAGUAGUCUGAAGUAGGCCCAAUAUUUGACUCGUACAAGUACCUACUCGAAGUUUUUCACUCGUUCUAUUGGUAUGAAAUACAAUGUAUAGAAUAGCCUUGGACAGAAAUACGAAAUACCAGUAUGAACCUGAAUACUUAUUUAGAUUUCGAAGUGAAAUAAAGUAUAGCAUACCGAGUUAUUCAAGACGCCACUGGUAGGAACGCCAAGGUCUAUUUACGGCAUAGAAGUAACUUUUGGAGAUCCUACGUAUUAAAAAAAUCAAAUCAGAUAGAUACACGACGUAACGUUCGCUCUGGAUUAAGGAUAUUGGGAACACUUGCAUACAUUAACUAAAUGAAAACAAGGAGGCCCUUAUUUUGACCUAAAGGCAGGCUUAUGUUCGAUCGAUUAUAUUCACUAAUAACCAAGUCGAAUAUACUCCUGCUGUUUGGGUUCAACCACACAUCAGACCUUGAGUGCUGAGUUUUUUUUAGACUGAAAUGUUAACAUUACAUUUGAUUUGACAAGAGCCCUGACGGAAUAGAAAGAAGCUUAUGCCAUACAUAUGCUAAGCUAUGAAUGAGUAUCUCAAAUCGAACCAUACGUUUUUGACAUUGAAGCAAGAUGAAAAUGCGGAAACGACAAUCGGUAAGGUUUAUUUAGAACACAUUACUCAGGACUAAUUAUUGGACGUGUUGUAAAUGCCUUAAGAUUACACUAAAAAUUAAAGAAAAGUAUUCGGAUGGGAAUUUCAUAGUGCACACUCAAUUAUUAUUUACAUACAUACAUACAUAAACUCACGCCUCUUUCCCGGAGGGGUAGGCAGAGACUACCUCUUUCCACUUGCCACGAUCCCUGCAUACUUCCUUUGCUUCAUCCACAUUCAUAACUCUCUUCAUGCAAGCUCGGCGGUUUCGGGCACUUUUGACCUGACCCUUCACCAGGACGUCCUUAAUUUGAUCAAGAUAUGUUCGUUCAAUUAUUAUUUUAAGUACGUAAAAUUAAAAACUUAAGUUUACUUAAAAAAUCAUCAAAUGCCAACCCUUCUUAAAUAUCUAUGCACAUGCAUCAUAUAACUGGCCUUGAGAAAUUAACCGAGUUAAUACGAGUGUCGUAAACACAAACGAAGUCAGGUGCAAACGCUGUUAAUAAUCAAAUCUGAUACAUACUUGAAUACUUUUUAACUCUAGUAAUAAUUAGGUAUUAGGUCGUCAACUUCGUGUCUUAUAUCUGCAAUCAGGAAUGCAAAAAAAUUGUAAGCGUUACCCGCCCAUCUACCUACGUCCAUUGUUACACUUCCCUCCCUCUUUCCUUUCCCACUUAUGUUUAGAAUAAAAGUGCACGAAGAUGACGGACUAGUUAUUUUACAAACCGUUAUGUUAUUAGGUCACAUCGCAGUCAAAUAUCAAAGUGGUUUGGUAUUUUUAUAGUUAUUGUAAAUCACCCAUAAUCAUGUUUAAAACUUUGUAUAAAGGUUCGAAUCAAAAAUGCAUUACAUAACAAUUUAUGAAAACUAAUUUAGAGCUAAAUGCUCUUUAACCUUUUAUGUCGUUCACAAAUUUUAAAAUAUAUUAACUAUAGAAUUACACAAAUCUGAUGGCAAAAACAUAUAAUUUGAGUAGAUGACGAGUAUAAUAAAUUUAAGUAAUGUAAAUACUGUAUCUAUUGAUCGGUAUCUGUAAUUUCUUAUUAUAAUUAAUAUUAAACGUUUUGGCAUCUAUGAGCACUCAUUUGAAAUCAUGAAACAGAAAAGUGCUUGGUCUGUUUUUAAGAUAUUUAACACAAAUAUUCCGAGACGCAAUAUAGAUAAAAUUUCUAAGAGAGGAAAGCAGGCUGACAGGUUGCUUACUAAGAUUAGUAAUUUAUAUGACCGAGGAACCUUUGUGAAUUAAAACUAAGACCUCGGGACCUGUGCAACUGUUCAUCAUUUCUCAUAAAUAAGUAACAAAAUCGUUGUUCUCUAUAGCAAAAGCAAUUGAUGCCCCAGUUUUAUAAACAGAUUUUUGGAAAAAUUAAGCUUAAUCAUUUGUCUUAACAUCAUGUUACAUUGAAGCUAGCCACACAAGAAAUGUAAUAUUUGUUUCAAAUGAGUGCUCGUAUUAUGUGUACGACUCUAUAUUGCAAUACAAUUUAAGUAAAAAAUUACAGAUUUAAAAGUACGCUUGCCAUGUUAAUGGGGGAAAGGGAGUGGUAAAUUUUAGUAACUCGUUUAUAUGUUAAUUUCAUAAAAAUGUAUUAUAUUUCCUUUUUCAAUGCAAUUCGUUAAACUUGAGUAUUGAGUGCUUAUUAAGUAGGUAUUCGUAUUCUUAUUGUCCGUGCCUUCACGUCACCGCUUACUGGCCGCCACAGUUCGUGUAAUAUACCAAUUCUACAUAAUUGCAUUGAUGUCAUUUUAAAAAUUAGUGAUACGUGUUGAGUGUAGUUUAUCGCGCCGGCCGCGAUUUAAUUCUUUUCCUGAAACAUUAUUAAUAUUUGAUCGAAUUGGUAUAUUAGCGACGUUCAACAACGAAUCUUUUGUUCUGACAAUAUUGAUUGACACAAUAGUGCCCCAUAGAGGCCAUGGUUUAUCACAGGAAUGAUUUAGCUAUGGCUUUACCUAGCUUAUUUAUAACAUUAUUAAUUAUACACUCAAUUCAUGCAUAUAAAACAUGUAGCGGAAUGAAUAAUUUAUAAACAUUGAGGUUGGUUCGAAGCUCGGGUAGCUUCGAUCUUAUAUCUACGAAUAAGAUUGCCUAUAGUGUUGUGGCCAGUUAUAAAACUACCACCUCCCAUAUAGUAACACCCAGGCUAUUUUAGUUAAUUCCUUUUAGACUACCAGUUGUUGAAUAUUUUGAAAUUCCAAUAGAAACACCUGACAAAGAAGUUAAUGGUAAAUAAGGUCAUGUUCUUGUUAUAUUCACAAACAUCGAUCUGUAGCAAUCUUAUGACUUAAGUAUUAAUGAGACCGCGUGUCAUACAAUUCAUACAUUACUCGUUAGCGGCUUUAACAUCCGUGGUUCGUAGCAGCUUUAAUAGAAGAGUCGGUAAAAUUAAAAGAUUUCAGUUAUUGCAUUUUAUCUAAUGUUAUUUUAAUUUCAUUUUAUAAAAUGGUGGUUUGGUUUUUAUGUUUUAUACCGGAAGGGCGAUUCAGUAUGUGAUGCCAAGAGUGCCGGUAGCAUUUUAGUGAACUUGCUAGAAAAUUGCUUUUUUUUAACAAUUAGUGACAUUCUGUCAUUGUAUGUGUAUUCAUUUCGCUAUUGGCACUUGGUCCCGAAACGCCAGGAUGACUAUGUUAAGCACUGGGUCAUAUACAGAGACGAUGGUGAGAGAAACCAUAAUUCGACGGAGCUAGUACUGUUUAAGAAUCAUGUUAUGUUUAAAAUGUACGUUCAAAUUUAAUCUCGUCGGGACCAGAUUGGUGGCAUAAAUUUUUGGUGUUGUUUCGUAACGUAGUUAAUUAUUAUUGACUUUUUUAAAACAUAGUUCCUAUACCUCUAAAAGUCCGCCCGUUUGCAUUAGUUUGGCCACGCUGGGAUUGCGAGAUAAAUUUGAACAGUAUACAAGAGGCAUCAUAGACGAUUUUUGCAUUAAUUUGAAUAACGUUAAUAAAAGCUUACCUAAUAUUGGUGAUAAAUAAAUAUUUUUUAUUAAGAUAAAUGUAUGCUGUCAGUUUUUUUAAUCAGUUCCUUUGUACAAUCCCGUAUACACUUUUUAAGAUUUAUGGAUUUUUUUUACAAAUUAGAUUUACUAAAUUCAAAAUCGCCAUGCCCUGGGACAAUUUAUUUUGAGAUUGAAGGAUGUGUAAAUAGUAACUAUGUAUCAGACUUUUUGGUUUAAAUAAUAAAUAUUUUCCUUGCUUGCUGCAAUAUAUUAUGUUAUCAAAGAGGUGGAACUAAAUACCGAUAAGGUUAAAUUGCAAUAUAUUUCGUAUCAUGUUGAAAAGGUCCAGGAAUUUACAAAUAACUCAUUGUAAACCUUUCGUGUUAGUUCCUUAAAAAUCGUCUAUGUUUAUCUCGCAGCCAUUGCCUAAAUGUAGGUACAUUCAUUAUGUGGCAGUAAAGACGUGCUUUCUUCAAGGGUGUUGUGUGUACUUGCUCUCGCCUCAGUCGAAAAUUUUAUCUCGCGUCCCUAAAUUGUAACCAAGUUUGUAGCAUUAUCGGGAUUGUUACCAACCGUUAUGUCAUUAAUAAUCUUGGUUUUUAUCGAAUAAGAAUCAUCCAUAAUCCUUAUGUAUUGUCAUGAUUGUAUUAUAAAUAAUUACUGCUUUUCGUCAUCUUGUAUAAUCUUAUUUUGAAGGAGGAUAUUGUAUUGAUGUAAUUAAUGACAUUUGCGUAUUGGUAGCUUUUUUUAUUAACAAUAGAGAACCAUUUAAAUUAAAAUUCCCUUACGGUAUUGUUGUUAUAUUAAACUAUGCUAUAUUGUAUCGUUUUCUGAAAUAAAAGACUUAAUUUAUGACUA